GUGGACAUGCAUAACAAGUAGUAAGAAGAACGUGGCACAAACGCAGAAGGGACACACAUUGUAGUAGUAGCAGUAGUAGUAGUUAGUCAAUGUUGAUCAGCAACGUAACGACGACGUCAUGUGAAACGAUGGCAGGUGAUCAGGUGCAUGAUCAUAUGAACGGAACGCAAGAGGAUGUGAUGAUUUGCGGUCGAAGAAGUGAUAAAUGAUUAGUCAGCGCGUUCCGGAUUAGUGUGUAGAUGGCGAUGGUGUUGUGUGUUCAGUGUUCACCGUAGUAGUUAGUAUGCAAAUCAGGUCGAGCAGCUUGAAAAUAUUUGACACCCCAGCAACAACAACAGCAACAACAGUAGUAGUAGCAGCGAAUAGUUUUAAGCGAGCGACCGAGUUUAGUGGCCGAAAUCACGAUCGGACCAACAUGACCGAGGACGACGACUUUGACGAACAACAGCAGCAGCAGCAGCAGGAACGCCUGGAAUCGCUAAACUUCUGAACGCAAGCCCCGGAACCAGCAGCAGAACAGAAAGGAAGAGAGAGGAAUCAAAUUGCCAGACAAACGGGCGGAACGGCAACGGCAUAGCAAGAGGGCAUCUACUGGGGCGUGGGGAUUGAUUGAGUAGAGUGCUGUGGUGUCCGCCCCUCCUGGUGCGAACACCGCAAAUUGUGGAGACCAGAGACAAACAAAAGGGUUGUGCCUGAGAAGAAGCUGCGGUGUACCGCUGUGCAAUCCGUCGGACAAUCCCAGAUUCGGCCUCUGGCCAUCUGGCAAAUUCGUGCGUGACUUUCUGAGGAGAUGCACAGUCGUGCGUAGCGCAUCUCCUCUUUGAGCCCCGAGCUUGUUGUACACCAACCGAGUGCGACCUUGAGAUGGACGUGGAAACCACCUUCGGGUACGGCGCUUUAUAAGUGGCGCCGGAGGCGGACGACGACGAGGACGAUAAAAAGAAAUCGACAGCCGUAUUCGGCUACGGGGUGUGCUAGAGAACGGUGAACAAAACUCGCAUCCGGAUCGUAAAUUGGCAAACAGUAGUGGCGUCCCGAAACGAACAGUCGCCGCAGCAUCCCAGUUUCAGUGUCCAUCGCUAGCCAGAGGCGAUGGUGCAUUUGCAAACACGGUGCGGAUUCCGGCAAACAGAGGGAACGAGCGGGAUCGAUUCAGGAUGGUAGUGCAAAAGGCAGACAAGUAGUGCACAGAGAGAACAUUGACGAAAGGUGCAUCCGAGUCGCCUUGUCGCCCCUCGCCAAUCCUUCCCUGCUGCUCUACAGAGCAAAUCUGUUGUUGGCUCAAUUAUGCGGUUUGUGUUUAAUUGAAGUUUAACGAAAGGGAACCCUCCUGCUGCGUGAAGCGGAGAACGAAAAACACGACGACCAGAGCCAAGGAGAGUGAGAAACAAAGAGAAAAAAAUCGCGAGAGAGAGAGAGAGAGAGAGAGAGAGAGAGAGAGAAAACGAGCAUUUCCGGCUUCCUAAGCUCGUCGGGCGACAUACUUCCGGACGAACGGGGUAGGUUGGUUAGCUACCCCACCACCGAAGAGACCCCUGCAGAGAGUCAUAGCAACCGUCGUGUGACGACAAAAAGGCGACACCACACGCAGUACAUGAGCUGCCUACUAAGCGUGAAGUGCACGAGCAUACACUAGAGCGGCGGUUGUUGUUGGACCCAUCCGGCCAGCUCCGGCUCGAGGAAGGUGGUGCCGGCGGUCGUGGGUGUGGCGUUCGACAAGUGAGUCGUGCGUUAUUAGAGGUAACAGGCAUGAAUCAUCGGACAACAGCGCGCGCGCUUUAUCAAAGCGAAUCAUAGUGGCCCCAUCCAGUACGUGCUGCAACUGCUGGUUGUGUUACAGCCGUAAGCGGCAGCAGCUGCCACUCCUUUGAAUCUGUGGCCUGCAGGCACAGGUGCAGAUGCACGCACCCGUCAUUCCCGGCGACAGAGGCGACAAAAGGUACCAAAGAACGCGCAUUGUGUGUCUGUGCUUAGAUCAUAAAAGUGAAUGUUGGCGAAGGUGCAUCCCGCCACAGUGUCGCGACUGGAAAGCAAAUCAGGGUUCUGUUAGUGUCCCGGCAGUGAAUAACGUCGUCGUCGAGAUCGAUUCGACAAUCGCAAUUAUCGACCAGCCAAGUGUGUGAGCGAGCAACCGAGAGCGGCGCGUCAGAGAGAACGUCCAAGGACCGGCGGUCAGGAUUACCGGGAGAUAGGUAGGACAGACAGAGGCGGAGCUAUAUGGUGAUUAGCUUAUUGGUGGCGGCAGCGGCGACAGCAGCGGUUCGUUCGUAAUCAACUGUUUGAAGCUCACGACGACGACCACGACGGCCAAGGUGGCAGUUGGCCGCGUAGCGGCGGCACUGAUUGCCGACCCAUUAUAGAACGAGCGACCCACCCAACCAUUAGAAGGGAACCCCUCGUGGGACUUCGGGAAGUGGUCGAACGGCAGUAUACGGCGUGAGCGAUAAGAACCUGACGCGACUAGGAAAGGAAUACGCUGGAGGGCUGGAGGAAACGGUGGAACAUGACCACGGCGACAAUGGAAAUGGUAACGACAGCCACCGCAACCGCAACGAAUACGAUGACGCCCGGGACAGGCAAUUCCAGCUCCAGUACAGUGGUGACCAGCAGCGGUGGUGGUGGUGCAGCAUCAGCAACAGCAGCAGCAGCAGCAGCAGCAGCAGGAGCCUCGAGUGGUGGUGGUGGAUACAGUAGUCUAGAGGAGAUGAUGCGGAACCAAGCAGUAUCAGCUGGGCAAACGAUGCUUGACUACAGCAAUCUGUCCGGUGUUGGUCCGCUGUUGCUGGACGAGCUGGACAGUGGGAACAUCGGGAAUAUCACGACCGUGUCGCAGCACAGCAAUGAUUCGAUCGAGCGUCUUGCCGGCGGAGUGGGAUCCCAGUUGGGAUCAGGCAGUGGUCAUGGAUCGCAGCAGGCGCAUUCACACCAAAAGGGCCACUCGCGAGGCAGCAGUGCGCCACUGGCGUACGAUCGCAUCACGACCAAAAUCGCCUGCACGAAGGAGGCGAUCCGGAAGGAGCAGGAAACGCGCGAUGCCAACGUGAACGAGUAUCUGAAGCUGGCCGCAAACGCAGACAAGCAGCAGCUAGCCCGCAUUAAGGCAGUGUUCGAGAAAAAGAACCAGAAAAGCGCGAACGCCAUCUCGCAUCUGCAGAAGAAGCUUGAAUCCUACAGCAAGCGCUAUAAGGAUCUGCAGCAAACGCAACAGAAGCAGCAACAGCAGCAACAGGCACAGCAACAGCAGCAGCAGCAGCAACAGGCACAGCAGCAGCAGCAGCAGCAAGUGCAACAGCAGCUAGCGGCGGUGGCUGCACAGCAGGAGGCAAAUGCCAGCAAUAUGCAUCAUUCGGCACAACACAGUACAGCCGGCAGUGGAUCGGGUGGUGGUGGUGGCGGUUCCGGUCAGCACCACGGGAGCGGAAGCCAAACACUGCCCUCGAACCUGCAGCAGCAUCUCGCGACUUCGACGGCCAGUGGUAGCGGUCAGAGCUUUCUGCAGCCGCGUGAAAUGCUGCGCGACGUGGGCAAGGGCCUGAUGAAUGUCGGUGGCAACAUACGGCACGGUGUGACCGGCCUCUCGACGACUGUGAUAUCGAAACCGCGUAAGUUUGCGCAUCUCUUCCGUAACAAGUUCGGUAGUGCGGACAACAUCAACCAACUGACGGCCACUUGGUACACAGGCAGUGCGACGACCGAUCCAAAUGACCUCUCGCUGAUGGAACCAGGGAUCGAUCAGGGUCAGACGACCACACCGAGCACGUUGCAGCCUCACGCCGGGGGGCACCAUCACCACCAUCACCAUCAUUCGCACCAUCCCACCAGCAUCAGUGAUAGUGAGGGCCGGCGACAGGGACAGGCGCAAACGCAGGCAACAACACACAGCGGUGGCCAGCAUCGGCACGGUGCGCACGUUGGUGGGGGCAAGUAUAGUGAGCAUGACAGCGAGUGUAGCAGCGUGACGAGCGACAGCAUGCCGCCCGGAUCGGACAAACAUCAUCGGUUGGGUGGUAGCAGCCAGCAACAGCAACAGCGGUCCGGUAGCUGCACCCAUCAGAAAGUCCUCGCGGAACUGCGAGAUGAGCAGCAGAAGCUGAGGGAACGGUGUGAGCGGCUUGAGCUGCUCCCGAAGGACGUCUCAGAACUGUCGAUGGCACUGGAGAACGAACGGUACCGGGCAGAUCGGCUGGAGGAGCAGAUCAACGAUCUGUCCGAGCUGCACCAGAACGAGCGGGAAAACCUGAAGCAAGCGAUCGCCGAUCUGGAGGAGAAGGUGCAGUACCAGAGCGACGAGCGGCUGCGGGAUGUGAACGAGAUCCUCGAGAACUGCCAGACGCGCAUCGCUAAGAUGGAGCAGCUAUCACAGCAACAGUACGUCACGGUUGAGGGUAUCUACAACUCGAACGCUCGUGCCGUGGUAGUGAAGCUGAUCAACGUCGUGCUGACGGUGCUGCAGGUCAUACUGCUGCUGGUGGCGACGGCCGCCGGUAUUAUUGUGCCAUUUCUGAAGACCCGUUUCCGCGUACUCACUACGCUUCUGUUCCUGCUCGCUCUAAUCGUGAUCGUACGCCAGUGGCCAGACGUGCGCGAUACCGGUGUGCACUUAAUACGCACGCUUCGCAGUCAGGUCAUUGCGGAUGCGCCCUAGACCCCUGGCGGGGUGGUUCGAGCCGAUGCCGGGAUGUUGGUUUUGUAUGAUUAUUACUAUAAAAUAUAAUUUUGUAGGCAAGGCUCAAGAUAUGCUCACCAUACUCACACACAAACAUACGCAGACACGCUGGGGCACGCACGAGUCCCAUGCGAUUAGCUUGGCGAAAGGAUAAAAAAAAGGAUCCCCGAGAACGGAAUUGCUCAAGAACGCAACAGGGAAGCUAGGUGAGUCUAAGCCAGGGCUACAGAUAGCAAUAGCGAUAACGAUAGAGAGACAGAGAGAGAGAGAAACAGAGAGAUAGAGCUUGUUAGCGAGCUAGGCCACUUCAGAACAUGAAUCCAUCCACGAAUAUGACUCCACAAAUCCACGAACCAUCACCUAACCGUGCUCGGAUACUCGAGGACACAGAUGUAGGAGCUAGCUAGUUUUAAGGAUUCGGCAGCGCCGUUGCAGAACCGAACCGCAAGAAUACGAUGAUCCCAAUGGCCAUUCUUAAUGGUGUAAUAUGCUACAUUAAUGAUUAAGUUUAAACAGUGAUCGAGUGGCGAUCACUGCAUGCUACGCUCUCUCCGGGCGAGAUCCCAGCGGUGAGAUGAGAUAGGGAUCAAAUUGCUUUAGCCCCAAGUGUCGAUGGGCAAACGGGCGUGGGGUUUUCGUCAAAAGAAAACAGGUGAAAGGUCAACGGAUAGUGGGUUUGUAACAAUGGAAGCAAUCCGCAAACCGUGUAGUGAUACCGUUUUAGCCAGUAGUUUGUUCUAGCCAGAUAGUAGGUGGUAGCAGCGAUCGGUGGGAAGGCUGUAUAUGCCUUUCGUUGGCAUAAUGCCUCACCACGCAGAAAAGUGCGAAGUGUGACCGAACGAAAGGAAAGAGAACCACGCCGAUACGUGUUGUCCGUUAUACGAUGUGUGUAUGUUCUUGUAGGGUGUAUAGCAUUUUAGACAAACCAAUUUCUUCGAGUACGAGGUUACGGAAGCAAUACUAAGUUAUUAGCGGUAAUGGGGGCGGCCUGCCUACACCAACAACCGAAAGGACUGGAAAGGGAGAGAAGGGAAACUAAGUACUACUAUUUGGGGAGUAGACGGUGGGAUAGCAUUAGAAUUUUUGUGGUGGGUUAGUGGGUUCCCUUAGCACACGCAACCAGAGAAAGGAUAAGUCCAUUUAGUAGCUCAGCAGCAGCAGUGAAAGGAAUUUGGUUUAGACCAUGGUCCCUGUGUAACGAACGCUACCGGAAAAAGUGUGAUAAGUACAUGUAGCGCAAGUAGGUAAUCGAGGUAGAUCGAGGUCCUUACUGAACCUGCUACUGCUGUUCAACGUGCUGUUUCAAUCUUCAAUCUUCAACCAAUCAAAUCAAUCAAGGGUGGGGAAGCUAAAACUAGAUCGUUUAACAUUAGACCGACCGCAACAUGGAAAGGCCAGCAAGGAGAUAUGGAUAGGCAAUGGCACACAAACGUAUGUGUUUAGUAAGUAAACCAAUCGUGGGUGAUAAUUAUUGAAUAAGAACAACAAUAACAACAAAAACAACAAAAACUAAAACACUCCUCCAGCGAAGGAUGAAACGGGUGUUCUUGGGGGGAGAAGUGAGGCAUAUGAUAAGCAUCGGCAGCAGGAGUUCGAGUCGUGAUUAAUCUUUAGAAACCGCUGAAGAAGCAGUUAGCCAACCAACUGGCCAGCUGGCUAGACUAGGCACAGGAGCAGCCUCCCAAAACCAAUAGUAGUUCCGCAAUACCCUGCAGGAUCACUUCUUCUAUUCCUGUUUUUUUCCUUUUCUCUUUCGCUCUCUCCCUCACUCGCCUUAUCUAUUUCCCACUCUCUCUCUCUUUCUCUUUCUUUCUGUAUCUCUCUAUAGAUGUUUCUCUCGUGCUAGGGAAUUCGAAAAAUUCGAGAAAAUAUAAAAUCAGAAGCUUAUUCGAA